AUGGCGUGCUGUUCAUGUUCCUAAUCGCUUAUUUUCACGAUCGUCUUAAUCACAUUAUUAUUUGCAGCUGUGACCAUUGAUGCUGUUAGAUUUGCUUGGUUAACUAUUUCAUUUAUGUUUGGAAUAGUGUUAAUGAUAGAUUACAUGUUUUCAAAUGAAAAAGGUUUCAUGUAUGAUCCAGAUUAUAAAACUUGGAGAUAAAAAACUCAAACAGAUGCAUGA